AUGGGUAUAGCUCCAGCCCCCUUCUCCCGCACAACAGUAGUAGAACUGCUGCCAGCAUAUGUAUUAGUUAAUGAAACUCAAAGGCCCCUGUGGGUAUGUGAGGCCCCUGGGGGCCCCGAUGCUCGCUGUCACCUGCUGGAGCCGGGGGCCCUUAUGGAGUUUCAUCCUCAAGGCAAACGACCUGUCUCCAUUCUUAUCACUGCGCUCCCCCAAAAGGGACUCGUAAGGAGACACGCCAAAUGUAUCAUGUCCUGGGAGAGUUCACAGCCAGACAACAACACAGAUAUGCCACCCUCCAACCAGCAAACACUGCAGCAGCAGCAACAGAAACAGCAGCAGCAGCAGCAGCAGCAGCAGCAACAGCAGCAGCUGGCGGCAGGGAAUAGCGAGGUCUCUGAGGCGUCCAAAAACAGUACACCAGGGACUGCCUCUGCCGUUCCGUUGUCUCUUCAGCAGCAGCAGCAGCAGCAGCAGCAGCAGCAUUUGGAUGGUACAGCUGCUGGAGAUGCCCCAGCAUCAUCCAAGGGCAGCCGCGAGCUGUCUCAGCACACGGGUGGAGGAGAGGGGGAGGGCCUGGCCUCUGCGCCGGCGUCGCCCCUUCCGUCUCCCCGGGGGCCCCCUCAGGGGGCCCUCUCGGGGGCACCCUCGGGGGCCCCCUCAGGGGUCCCCCAGGGGCCCUCUCGGGGUCUAGGAAACUCGUGGCAGCUAGCAGAAGAAGACGGCGGGAGCGAGUCCUCCGUGGGGAUCGUCUGGUCUGGCCCCGUAGACAUCGACAGCGCGCGCCUUGUGCAGGUGCGGCAUCCGCAGGAGGUGAAGACAGCAGAACCUCCAGCAGCAACAGCAGCAGCAGCAGCAGCAGCUGCUGCUGCUGCUGCUGGUGCUGGUUCUGGUAUGAGGUUUCCUAUACGGGGCAGCAGCGGACCAGGUGGCAUUGGCGUCAGCAGCAACAACAACAGCAGCAGCAGCAGCAGUUCGUUUUGUCUUACAGAGGUGGAGGUGUGCUUGUACUCUGGAUCGAGAUUUGUUCGUCUCCGGGAUCCACCGAUCCCCGAUUUUGUUUUAAUAAAUAAAACAUCAUUUCCUCUGUUUGUGGGGCAGCAUGGAGUUGCAGCACAUGAAGUGUUGAUGCCAGUACCCAGACAAUACCUCAAGAAAAGCUAUGAGUUCCUCGGCAGGUACGGGCUCCCCUUCGCCUUCUACGACCCCACGAAGGAGAAGAAGCUCGAGGUCUGGCGGAUGUCCACAGCUCCUCCUGCAUCGCACCGGCUGUCUGGCCGUCUCUCUCACCUCCACUCUCGGCUCCGCAGCAGCAGCAGACAGGGCAGCACCGCCCGUGGCUUCACUUCUUUUACUGCAGGCGGGGGCCCCUUGACUGCCUUGGGGGGGCCCCCAAUGGGUUCCCGCUUCCCGGGGACUGUGGGGGGCCCUAUGGUGAUGGGUUCUGGCCUGCGGCGCUCGCUGCACCAGCAUCAGCAUUCUGCAGCAGCAGCAGCAGCUACUGCUGCUGCAGCUGAGGACCUCUCAGCUCGUGUUGAUGGUGCGACACUGCGCCGUAUACGGCGGGAGUAUGCAGAGAGCAUCAGCCUGAAGACAUCGCAAGGCCCUGGGGGUUUAAUUCGUCUUGUAUUGCAGAGCAGCUCGGGGCCCUCUGUUGCUGGGGGCCCGCCUGCUCCAGUGGACCGUGUAGUGGUGUGUGUACGGAGACCAGUGGUCAAAGGCAGCACUUACCUGGUGUUCUUUGAAGCCACAACUCGCGCUGCACCUGAUAUACAGAGGGGACACUCCAACCGUCUCCUCGGUGGUGUAGGCAGAGUCAUAGAAAACAUACCCUGGGCAGAACGCCCAGAGGCAUUGCUAGUUGGGGGCGCUGAGGGCGCCUGGCGGCUGGCGGAGACAGGGGCUACACAGCUGGAGAAACAUAUACCCUGGCCGCCUGCAGCAGCAGCAGCAGCUGCUGCUGCUGCGCCUGGCGGCUGGCGGAGACAGGGGCUACACAGCUGGAGAAACAUAUACCCUGGCCGCCUGCAGCAGCAGAACAUGUUCACCCAUUUAGACUCCACAACAGCAACAACAGCAAUGCCACCAACAACCACAAUGCUUCACACUCAGCUGCAGCAACACUUGCUGCUGCUGGUUCUGCUGCUCCUGCUGCUGCUGUCGCACAAAGCGGCAGCCUAUGGCCAUCGCGCAAGUCCUCCGCUGUGGACGGAAAGUCCGCUGGGGGGGCCCCUUGGGAGCCAUCAGGGGAGAUGGUCUCGGUUGCUAAUGGGGGCCCCCUGGGGGGGACUAGGGGCCCCCAGGAGCCGCCGACUGGGUCCCGUACCCCGUGGUUUGGUGGGGACAACUGGAUGA